GAGGAAGAGAGGGUAGGAAACCCGCUUUUGCUUUUGCCGUUCUCUAUCUGUAAUUUAAUCCAAAAGCGCUUUUAACCCAAAAACAAUUAAACAAAAUGGAAUUAAAAAAUAAACAAAAAUAAAGAGGAAAAAGAAAAAUCCUAACCCUAGAUCUCCAACAAGAAAGAACCCACACAGGCCCCAGUGCAUUGCUGUCCGUACAAAUUUGUUUGCUUGCAAUAUUUUGCUUUUUAUUGGAUGACAAUCCGAUGUCGUUGCGGUUGAGUCGGCCAACUGUGUUCUGCUCAUGCUUCACCACCUGGGUGCUGUUCGUCUUUUAGGAUCUUCAAUUUUUAUUUUAUUUUAUUUUAUUUUUCGAUUUUUAGUUUUGUAUUUCUAGGGUUAGGGUUUCGAUUUAUUUGGGCUGUGAAAAAUGGAGCCUCGUGUUGGGAAUAAGUUUCGGCUCGGCCGGAAGAUCGGCAGCGGCUCCUUCGGAGAGAUCUAUCUCGGUACAAAUAUUCAGACAAACGAAGAGGUUGCGAUUAAGCUUGAAAAUGUCAAGACAAAACAUCCGCAGUUGCUGUAUGAAUCCAAGUUAUACAGGAUACUACAAGGAGGAACUGGGAUUCCAAAUGUAAGGUGGUUUGGAGUUGAAGGAGAUUAUAACGUUUUGGUAAUGGAUUUGCUGGGCCCUAGUCUUGAAGAUUUGUUUAACUUCUGUAGUAGGAAACUUUCACUGAAGACAGUUCUUAUGCUUGCAGAUCAAAUGGUAGGUGUGACUUUAUGCAUGUCAUCGUAUUGGUUUAUAUACUUGUUGGGAAAUGUUGACUUUUGCCAUGCUUCACAUUUAUUUCAGAUCAGUCGUGUUGAAUUUGUUCAUGCUAAGUCAUUUCUACAUCGAGAUAUCAAGCCCGACAAUUUUCUUAUGGGCUUGGGAAGGCGUGCAAACCAGGUAUACAUGAUUGACUUUGGUCUGGCUAAGAAAUACAGAGAUAGUACAACCCGUCAGCAUAUUCCUUACAGAGAAAACAAGAAUUUGACUGGAACUGCAAGAUAUGCAAGCAUGAACACUCACCUUGGCAUUGAGCAAAGCCGGAGGGAUGAUUUAGAAUCUCUUGGUUAUGUCCUUAUGUACUUCCUUAGAGGAAGUCUUCCUUGGCAGGGACUAAAAGCCGGAACUAAGAAACAGAAGUAUGAGAAAAUUAGUGAAAAGAAGGUUUCUACUUCAAUUGAGGCAUUGUGUCGCAGUUAUCCGACAGAGUUUGCUUCAUAUUUCCAUUAUUGUCGCUCAUUACGAUUUGAUGAUAAGCCAGACUAUGUUUAUCUGAAAAAAAUAUUCCGCGAUGUCUUUAUUCGUGAAGGUUUCCAGUUUGAUUAUGUGUUUGACUGGACAAUUUUGAAGUAUCAGCAAUCACAGCUGGCUACUCCUCCAACCCGUGCUCUUGGUCCUGGUGCCGGAACUAGUUCUGGGAUUCCCCAUGCUGCUGCUAAUGUGGACAGGCAGACAGGCGAGGAAGAUGGGCGGCCAACGGGUUUAACUUCAUUGGAUUCUUCUCGGCGGAGAAUACCUGGGCCAGCUCUCAAUUCCAUUAGCCUUUCGAAGCAGAAGAAUCCAGUUGCUAAUGAUGCUCCAUUAUCUAGAGAAACUCUUAUGUUGAAUAACAAUAUCUUGGGCCGGUCAGCUGGAUCAUCAAGGAGAGUUGCUGUUUCUAGCAGCCGUGAUGCAUUUGGUGGAAGUGAGUCUGAUCCUUAUCGCGCUCGUACAACAGAUGCUAGUCCUGGAGCACACAGAAUUUCGAGUGGGCGAAGAAGUUCACCGGUCGAGUCAUCGGACCCCAGUAGGAGACAUACCUCUCAAAGCAGGAACUAUGAAACAACCCUUAAAGGCAUUGAAGGUCUGCAUAUAGACAAUGAGGAGAGGGUUCAUUAUUAGAGAUGCUGACUUUUGCAGGUUGCUGUAAAUCGUAAUUUGAUUGUUUU